AUGGACCCAGUAGAGCUAGCACCAACGCAGCGACCAUUGCUCGGUAGCAGCGAGAAAAUCCUGUGCAUCCAGAACAAGGUUGGGCUGUACCAGGGCUUGGAGCGUGACGAGGAGCACGACUGCGGCACAAUGUAUCUCACUACACAGCGGCUGGUCUAUGUCGACCAGCAGCUCCCGCACGAGCGAUCACUGGCCCUGGACCUCCAGGCAAUCCAUAGAUGCACCUUGCACGGUGGCUUCCUCUACACAUCCGCCAAAAUAUGCCUCUAUCUCAAGCCCAAGCCUACGAAUGGGGGCGACAGAGACGUCCAGCCAGCAGAGGGCAGUAGCACCAGUGGGUACAACAGACAGAAUGGCGCACAGGGCACGACUUUGCUCGAAACAACUGGAAUCGCCAAUAUGUAUGGCCAGGCGAGACCCGGCUCUGGUGCCGGGCCUAUCGGGUGGAAAUGCAACAUCUGCGACCAGAUCAACAGGGGCGGCAUCAAAUGCACGCUGUGUGGCGUCCCACACCAGGGCAACUACGAAUCCACAGACACAUGCAAUGUCGCUGCUGAUACACGGCCUGUAAAUUCCAGCGGUGCCAAGCGGCAGCCCCUGCGCUGUCCUGUGUGCACAUUUGACAACCACGAGAGCAUGGUUCGGUGUGAGAUGUGCGACACUGGGCUGUCAAAACCCGACGAGGCGGUCGCGGACCAAACCAAUGCGGCUCCUAAGUCUACGGAGUACCAGCGGCUGCGCACACAGGAACAGGCGAAUUCGGGCAGGGAUAGCAACGACGCAAUCAGCCUCAUCAAGCUGUCGUUCCGUGCUGGUGGCGCAUCGGCCUUUUACGCGGCUCUCAAGGGGGCUGUGGACAACUCCCCGUGGGAGCUGCAGUCAGCAGCAGCAGCAGCGAAUAGUCCACUGCUCGCGCGCGAGCGGCGGCCGACAACAGGCGGCAUCUCGACCAUAGUCAACACAGCGCACGAGACACAGCAGGCUCGCGACGUGACCCUCAGAUCGGCGUUCUCCGACCUUGAUGCGCUGACAGCAAAGGCCAACGAGAUUGUGAGCAUGGCUGAGCACAUUGCCACACAGCUCAACUCGCCCGCAGCCAGCAAGCUGCACCGCAAGGACGCUGCCGAGAGCGACGAGGACAACGCCGAGCGUGUCGACGCAUUCCGCCAGUACCUGCUGGACCUGGGCAUCGACAGCCCGGUGACCAGAGACACGGCCGGCGCAGUCUUCCACGACGAGCUUGCACGCGAGCUCUGCGACUACCUUGAGAACUACGUGUCGCAGUGCGGCGGAACCGUGGCGCUCGUCGACGCCUACUGCCUGUACAACCGCGCGCGCGAGUUCUCGCUGGUCUACCCGUCAGACUUUGUGCAGGCUUGUGAAAAGUUCGAGGCCCUGCGGCUGCCGCUGCGGCUGCGCGAGUACCCGAGCGGGCUGCUGGUGCUCGAGGACGCGAGCUCAGCCAGCGACGCGCUGAUCAUCAGCCGCGUCGGCGCGUACAUAGCGAGCUUUGGGCCGCUCACGGCCAGCGACCUGGCGGCCAUCGAGGACUGCGCGCUGACGCUGGCCGAGGAGCGGCUGUGGCUCUGCGAGCGGGCCGGCGCGCUCUGCCGCGACGAGAGCGUCGAGGGCGUGCGGUUCUAUGCCAACGCAUUU